GUGAUGUCAUUUCCCGUGAUGAUACCGUGGGGAGAACUUCCACGCGAAACAUAGCGCAACAAAAUAUUGAGGUGUGCAGCCGAAUCCUUGGAGAAAAUGGACAAGGACCGAAAACAGGAGAAAAGGCCAUUGGCCGGAAAUAUUGCUGCUGCCCCUGCCUCCCCGUCAAGCUCCUUUAGUUUGGCUCAAGCCUCCAAGUCGAUUCUUGCAGGUGGAAUCACGGGAGGUUUAGAGAUCUGUAUAACAUUUCCGACGGAGUACGUGAAGACACAGCUCCAGCUAGAUGAACGGUCGGGGGUACAGAAGCGGUACACGGGCCCGGUCAACUGUGUGUCUGUGACGGUCAGGGACUACGGAGUGAGGGGUCUAUACAGGGGACUCAGCGUCCUUCUAUACGGCUCUAUUCCUAAAUCCGCCGUCAGGUUUGGUGCUUUUGAAGAGCUAAAAAGGUUUAAUGUAGAUGAAAAUGGUAACCUUAGUCCAUCAAAACGAGUGCUGUGUGGUCUUGGUGCUGGUGUAUCGGAAGCUAUAUUAGCUGUCACACCUAUGGAGACACUCAAGGUUAAGUUUAUCAAUGACCAGACAUCAGCAAACCCCCAUUACAGAGGAUUCUUUCAUGGAGUCAGCCAGAUUAUAAAAGAGCAAGGUAUAAGAGGUGUGUACCAGGGCGUUGUUCCUACAAUACUUAAGCAGGGCUCUAAUCAGGCCAUUAGGUUUUUUGUGAUGGAAUCCCUUAAGAACUGGUACCGAGAGGGUGACCCCAAGAAACCAGUGCCUGUGUAUAUUGUGGGGGCAUUUGGAGCUUUUGCAGGGGCGUGCUCAGUGUUUGGUAACACACCUAUUGAUGUCAUCAAAACUAGGUUACAGGGCCUUGAAGCUCAUAAGUACAAAGGCACGAUAGAUUGUGCUGUGCAGAUAUUUAAACAUGAGGGACCUAGAGCGUUCUACAAAGGCACAGUACCUAGGUUAAGUCGCGUUUGUUUAGAUGUGGCCAUUACCUUUAUGAUAUAUGAUUCUGUGAUGGAGGUCUUCAACCGAGUGUGGAAAUGGUAAUUCAAAGCUGUGAUCUCGUUUACCAAGUUAUUUAUCAGGGAAACCAAUCUAUAAACUGGUUGUGUGCUGCACAUGAACCAGCCAAACUGGACAGAAACCAACCGCCAUCAUAGUGCUAUAAACCAGGCAUUAGAACUUAUGCAAUAUCAGACUUAUAGAAUGAUAUCAGAAAGCUGAUGUCAGCUUUUACACUUUUGUUUUUUAAUUAUAUUUUAUUCAAGUCUACGUAGAAGUAAACCAAGAAUUAUAUAAAAAUCAGCAGGCUAGAUGCCCAUGUAAAUCUUUCACGUUCUCACUUCAACAUUAUCUUCUGUUUGACACGCAAUAUUUUAAAGGGGGCUAUCUGUUCGCCAUGCUUCCACUUUACAAAGAAUACAGUGUAUUGUAGAUGUUGUAUUUUUGUGCUAAAAGUAUUACACAAAUGUGGUUUUCUCAGUGAUUAAGAGGUGUGACUGCUGUCUACAAAUAUUAAUCUGUCACCGCCGUAACAUUCAGGCUUCACUGUACUGGGAUAGUUUCCAUGGGAUUUUUCUUAAUAUAUUUAUCUUUGCUUUUGUUUAUGCUAUUAUACGUCCUUGAAGGUCUCUGUAGUUAGUACAUGUACUUACUUGUGAUUAUUUUAUGCUAUGUAAUUUAAUUUCCCUUUCAGGGCCUCAUGUAAUGUAGUUCAUAUAUUUAUAAGUGCUGCAAUAAUUUCUGUUUUACAUUUUGUUGAGAACUAUUGUAAAUGAUGAUCUAGAGAUGAGUUUGGUAUGACUGUGGUGUAUAUGAGAGCUAUUCCAACUCGUGCUUGCUGCAUUCCAUACUCUUUAUCAAAAGAUGUUAGUGUUUUUGUCAUGUGAUGACAAAUAUUGUAAGCUGGACUUAUAUCCCAGAAUU